CCUCUCCGUAACCGUCGCCUCACGCGCGCGGGGGACGAAGCCGCCCUCGGAGCAGCAGCGUCGCCUCCUCCGUCCCUCUCGCCGGGGGGUCUCACCAUGGAGAAAGCGGGUUUGCGCCGCUUGGGGAGGCUCUUCCGGCACCGGAGCGAGUCGGAGGACUCCGAAGCGGACUCGCUGCCGUCUCCGUGCCCUUCCCCGGCGCCGGAGCCGCGACGGGAGCAUCGCCUCAGCGCCAGCAGCCAGGCCAGCCCUCCGGGGGCGCGGAAGAAACGCUCGGGGUUCGGCCCGUGGCGCCUCCGGAGGAAAGAGAGCAAGGAGCCCGGCGAGGACCACCGGGUCGGCGGGGGCAGCGUGCCCGCCUCGCCCUCCUACUCGCCGCACCCCCCGUUCAGCGCCUCGGAACCCAGCACACCCACCAACAGAUACUUUGACAUGCCUGAUACAAAAUUUGCUCCUCAAACGAAUCAGCUGCCUCUAGUCUCUUUGAAAGAGUCGCAAUUCGCUUAUGCUAUUCCAAUGGUUUCCAUAGCUUCAUCUACACUGCCAGCAUCAUUUAGAAAGUCCAAAAACCGCACAUCAGAGUCUUCUAAGGAAGAAAACAAAAAGAAACCAGUUUUGGGGAAAUUUGGAAACUUUUUUACAACAGGAAGAAGGAAAAAAAGUCAAAACACAUUAGAAUUGAGGCCAAAAAUUAUAGGUGCCGAUUCUGCAUCCCCUCAAAAGAACUUAGCUCCAUUGGCAUCGCUAGAUAUUGAUGACAUAAAAGAUCUGUCUAAAAGCGAAGAGUCUCUUAUUGACCAGGCCUAUGAUCAGAACCAGUCAAGGACACCAAAUAGCAUUGACGACCGAAAUGAGUAUCUCUACAAUAAGGACCUGACUCCUUUGUAUAAUGACAUUGUUUCAGAAUGGAAUACUAAAGGGAUUUCUUCUGACAGUGAAUGGUCAUCUGAAUGGCACAGUAGUAAUGAGACAAUAAAGGAUGCAGUAUUUAGUAGCAAUCUUUCACUCCAGACACUGGGGGCAGAGAAUGAGCUUGUAACCGAUACAACUUAUACCACAACCCCAGACUUCCGCAAAACUUUAGCUAACACAUCCAGUGAAGACCUAGAACACAGCAUAUUAGACCACAAGCAAUUAGUGGAUGUGCAUCCAUUUUUGGGAUCAGAUUAUGCAGCUUCAAAUGACCAGUUCUCUAGUUUGGAAUCUAAGCCAUCUGAGCACAUUUGCCCUUCCAGAGUGUUGACACUAGAUAUCUUUCUACACAAAACAGAGCAACCAAAUUCAAAUAAAACAGAGACUGCUACGUUAGACAAGCCUUGUAGUAAAACAUACGCCAUGGAUAAAAAAACUGCAGCAAGGAGGUCUGGAAAGAGGAGGAAAUCUCAGUCUUCCAGUGAUGUGCCAAAUGGGGAUAGAAAUGUGGCUGAGAAUAGUGUCAAAGAAGAACCUGGUUUUGGUAGUAUUUCUUCAGAUCUGACAUCAGAAAAAAUAAACAACUCUGAAAGAAAAGCUAAAGCUUCUCCACAGAAUAAUUAUCCCACAGCCAACCAUGACACAAGGACUGGAAGUAACCAAAAAGGACUUAAUAAAACAGAGCUAGAUAAAAGCAAACAGCAGACCUCAGCUUCAUCUCCAUGCAAGAAGAAAUCCCUUAAAAAGAAUCAGUCUGAGGCAGGUCCUCUUUCACCUACUGGUUUGAAAAGUCAAGGCAAAGAUUCUGCCACCAAAAGACAAAAUGAAGGUGUGGCAGGUGGUAACCCAACAUCUAAAAGCACUACAUCAGAGAAAUCAUCUUCUAGUGAAAGCUCUAUGGUGACUUACAAAAUGUCUCCCACAGAGCCUACAAGCACUUUGCCACUUUCUGAAGAGAAAAUAGACUCAAAAGUAUCACAUUUUCCCAAAAGCACUGAUGGCAGUGGUUUGGGGCAGACUGACAAGUGUCGAAAUGGUGAGAUGGGAACUACAGAUGAAAAGUCCUCUGAUUUGGGCACAGUGAAACAGAGAAAUAUAAGCUUUGAUGUUUCCAGAACCGUCACAACAAAAGUUAGCCUGCCAGCUAAACCAAAAAGGAUUGAGUUAAACCUUAAAACAUCAAAAAGCCUGGAAGAUUUAGGAAGUGACCAUGACUCAGUGGACAAAGCAGUCAAAAUUAACUUCAAUAUUGCCAAUAAAAUAUCCAUGUUCGAAAACAAACAGUCAAAUCACACACAGUCUACUGAAGGCUCAAAAAAAGGUUCAGUAUCAAAUACAUUUGUUGGUAGAGCAAAACUGAAGUUUGGGAAACAGCACACUGAAAAUGAACAGCUUAACAGAGCAAUAAACAAGGCAAACAGCCGCCAGAAAACUUUGCAAAAUGGCACAAAGAUUAAAGAAAUCGCUUCAGAUAUAAAAAUCAAGUCAGAAGGAAGGACCCAGUCCAACAUUAUAACAAAUGAGGAAGUUGGAAAAGCUGCUGAAUGUCAGGUUAAUCAAACUGGUAACAUAGAUAUUCUUACAGCUAAAAAUUUGGAUGUAGAAUUAAUGAAGGAGAAUCUGCAACCCACAAGUGAAACCAAAUCUAUAGAACAGCGUAAAGAGAUUGCAAACUUCCAAAAUAACAUUAAUGUGAAGGUUGGAUCCAUGUCUCCUGAAGGUGAAGAGGAACAUUCCUUGAAAACAGACUUAAGUUCCACAAAUAAAGAUGAAAAGAGUUUCUUGCAAUCUGAUCUCACAGCUAGAAAGUCAGAAUUUGAGCAAACUCUGAUUCCUGAAGACAAAACUGAAGAUAAUAAUAUGACAAAUACUGUUUUAGAAAAUAUACAAAUGUUUGAGCAAAAUAUCAGUGGACAGCAAAGUCCAAGAGGCAGUUGUAGUGUUCUCAAAUCUGGUAAUGAAGAACCCAUUUGUGAGUCCCCAUCCGAUAUGGCAAAGUUUACUGAAACACUUAAAAAUCUAGAUAGUGCUAUUUGUAUACCCCAGAAAAAGAAAAAGGCAAAGGUUCCAAAAUCUCCAGCACCUCACUUUGCUAUGCCUCCAAUUCACGAAGACAAUUUAGAGAAAAUAUUUGAUCCAAAUGUAUUCACUGUUGGUUUGGGAAUGAAGAGAGAUAAGCCACAGGAUCUAGCCCCGUCCCUACAGCUGAAGCUGCAAAGUUUAGAAACUGAGGUGAGGGUCAGACCCAAACGUGCCUCUGCUGAAAACAGCAUCAUUCUCCAGUGUCUAAAAUCGAACAGAGCUGAUCCUGUCCUUUUCCCAGAAACAAAUGGAAAAGAGAGUAAGGAUAGUACAGAUGGAGAAGUUAAGCGAUCUCGACUUGAGAACAGUGCCAUCUUUUCAAGCCUAUUGUCACCCAGUACAAAAGAAAAAGUGUUUGUGCCAUCUGUGACCUCUAUAAACACAAUCACAACAUCAUUUGCAUCUCAGAAGACUGCUGAUUCCUUGGGAAUACCUCCUGUAAUGUUUGAUACAGCUCAGAGGCCAGAGUCUUUUUCAGACUUUAAGGCUACAAACUAUAUAGACAAAUACUUACAAACUGAUGACGCAAAGAACCAGAGAAUUUUACAAAUGCCAAAUUUUGGAAACCUUGACACCGGUUUUUCAAGCUGGAUGAAACCUGGACAAUAUGAACCAAAUAGUUUCCUAGAUAUAGAGCAGGCAUUUUCAGGAAACAGCCAAAAUAAAAUUAAUCCUAGGCCUGGAAAGAUUGUGAUUGUGAACAAGCCAGGUCCCUCAGAAAGUACCAUUGAGGUGUUUAAUGAUGUUUUGGAUUGCACGUCUUGGGUAUUCUCACCUGUGAUUUUUGUUAAAAUCAUUCGAGGAUGUUGGAUUCUGUAUGAGAAGCCAAACUUCGAAGGGCCUUCUAUUCCUCUGGAAGAGGGAGAACUGGAAUUCACAAAUCUUUGGGGAGAGGAGCCAUAUGAUGAUAAAGAUGGACGCACAACCCAUGAACCUGCAGUGAUUGGUUCAAUCAGGCAUGUAAUAAAGGAUUAUAGACUAUGCCGAAUUGACCUGUUUACAGAACCAGAUGGUUUAGGUCUUGUGAAUUCAUAUUUUGAUGAUACAGAAGAAACACGAUUUGGUUCUCCGCAGAAGACUUCUUCAAUCCGAGUGCACUGGGGCAUAUGGCUACUAUAUGAAGAACCUGGUUUUCUGGGAAUUCCUUUAAUGUUGGAACCUGGAGAAUAUCCUAAUCUAUCGUUUUGGGAAAGGAAAGAUGCAUAUAUUAGGUCAUUGAGGCCCUUGAAAAUGGGUGGACGUAAAGUUGAGUAUCCUGCAAGCCCAAAGAUAAUAAUUUAUGAGAAGCCAUUCUUUGAAGGGAAACACAUAGAACAUGACUCAAAAUUAAUUGCUCUGACUGAAGAAGGAAAACAGAAGGAUGAAUCAGCAGUGUUGGGGAAAGGACUAACAUCAAUAGGAUCCAUAAAAGUGAAAGAAGGAGUAUGGGUUGCAUAUGAAAAGCCUGAGUUUACAGGACACCAGUAUUUACUGGAAGAAGGAGAAUACAAGGAAUGGAUGGACUGGGGUGGUUACAAUGAGCAGGUGCAGUCACUACGGCCUAUUCUAGGGAGUUUUUCACAGCCUCACAUGAUCAUGUAUUCUGAAAAAGACUUUGGAACUAAAGGUUCCAGCAUUGACGUGUUAGGAAUUAUUGCCAAUUUGAAAGACACUGGCUAUGGCUUAAGGACACAAUCAAUCAAUGUCCUCAGUGGAGUGUGGGUGGCUUAUGAAAAUCCUGACUUUACAGGAGAGCAGUUCAUCCUUGAAAAAGGACUGUACUCCAGCUAUGAGGCCUGGGGAGCCAAGGAUUUUAAAAUAUCUUCAGUUCAACCCAUCACUUCGGAUAUCUCCAGUGAGCACACUGGAAAAUUUAAGGUGCAGGUAUUUUCAGAGCCAGAGUUCCAGGGCAACAAUCAAAUAUUUGAGAAAGACAUUUCUCAAAUCGAGAAAUCGUUUCCUGUUAUGUCUUCAAAAGUAUUAUCUGGCAGCUGGAUUGCAUAUGAUCAAAAAGACUUCUCUGGGAAUCAGUAUGUGUUAGAAGAAGGGGCCUAUCCUGAUCUCUCUGCAAUGGGAUGCCUUCCCCAGACAUGCUUGAAGUCUCUACAAGUUGUAAAUAUUGAACUUUCCGAGCCAAUGAUAGCUCUCUAUGAAAAGAAAAACUUCAAGGGAAGGAAAAUAGAAUUUACUACAGAAGUCGUAAAUCUUCGCUUCCUUGGCUACAAUCCUGAUAUAGCUUCACUAGAAGUCCAUGGUGGCAUAUGGAUUAUUUAUGAACACAAUAAUUAUAAAGGCCGCCAGAUUUUAUUGGCACCUAGCAAAAUACCAAACUGGGAUGAGUCCAGUAGCUAUCAGAAAGUAGGAUCUCUACGACCUUUAUUGCAGAAAAGAGUCUACUUCACACUUAGAAACAGAGGAAAUGGAAAGUUUAUGUCAACUGAUGGCAAUCUGAACGACUUGAAUCUUUUAAGGAUACAAGGCGUAGAUGAUACUAAAACUGAUGAACAAAUCUGGAUGUAUCAAGACGGAUUCAUCAAAUGCAGGGUGGCAGAAGACUUCUGCUUGACAAUUGUAGGAAACCUGAUAACUCCUGGUGCAAAACUGGGUCUGGCGCUUCAACAGAAUGAGGACAAACAAAAAUGGAGUAUUAAUCCAGAUGGCAAGAUCUACAGCAAGAUGAAGCCACACUUAGUAUUAGAUAUCAAAGGAGGAAAGCACUAUGAUCAAAACCACCUCAUUGUCAGUUCAACCAGUGAAGAUAGACCGACGCAGUACUGGGAACCACUGGUCAUCUAAAAAAAAAGUUAUAAUUCAGAAGCUCAAGAUCUAAGGGAUAGUACAAGAAGAGAAGCAAAGAAUAGGAUGUUUGACUUUGAGAAAUUGUGAUGACAGAAUUAAGCACACCGUAUGGGAGCGCUGCACUCUCCAGGCCUUCACCCUGACAUGGCCCCAAUUGCACAGAGAAGCAAAGCUAUUUUGCUGGCUCACUUCCUUUGUCAGACACCUUGCACCUAGCCUCACCAUACCCGCAGCUACCAUGCAGAUGUGGAGGUGUAGGCUCCCCAUACAAGUUGCAGCUCUUAAAUUUGAUGUAAAGCCAGGAUGCUUCUGUGGGGCUCACCACUUCUAAAUUUCUCUCAGCAUAGGGAGGGAGGGGCAGGCCAUAUACCAUGACUGGCUCUCUCUUUCCUCGGGGAAGUGGGAAUGUUUGAAGGUGAAUUAUUCUGUCAGCCUUCAAUCUAGUUAUGUGUGUAUAUUAUGGCUACUAGCCCUCCCUCUGAAUGUCUGUUCUUUCUUCAUUGCAAAAUUUGAAAUGCAUCACCAAUAGUUACUUUAGAACUAUUAUAAAUUACUAAAUUAUUUCCAAAAAGUGGUUUUAAUGUCCUUUUACUCUAUGCUGAAGUUUUUUGCACUGGUAUGUGUCUAUUAAAAACUCAAGUAUUCCAACAGCAUGUAAAAUGACAAACUGUUUACCCAUAAGAAGUCUUUUAGAACAUAUCAGGUGAUUAAAAUAAAAGGAAAAUACUGCAUUAUCACUAAAUGUAAUAGGAGAAUAAGUGUAUGUAUUAAAGAGUGAUAGAUUGUGAACAACAGAAACCCAAAAAUAUAUAAACCAGAAAUGUUGUUGCCAACUGAAAUUUCAGGUGUUCAGCAGAAUGUAUUACAUAUCUGCUCAGCUGCCUUCCCUUGCAAGCUUACAAGCAUUGUCUUUAAGUGGCACUUUUUCAUAUUUUAAUUCUUCUACUUUAAAAAAAAAUAAAUAGAAACAUGUAACGAAGUUCAUAAAUUUUAAAACUAAUUGAGAUAGGGGAACGCUUUACUCAAGAGGCUAUACCAAAUACUCGCUUUUCAACUUCCUUUGUUCUGAAGUCUCCCAGAUGAAACUCACUAUUUACAUUUGUACAUUAUGUUUUAUACUUCUAGUUUUUGUCGUCAGUUACUUCAGUGUUAAGGUUUUUUUUUUUUUGUGGUGUCUGCAUACAUCAUUUUCAUUAAAAAUCCAGUUUUAUUUUCUUCAUGCUGAAGAAAAUGGGUGCUGCUCUAUACCACAGACAGACAGCAUUGCUGAUUUUGAAAUACAUGUAAAUCAUCCCCAAGAUUUACAUUUACACAUCUGUAAUUUUUCUGAAUUGUACUAUAUGUACAAAUAUGAUGCCAUAUUUGUUGCUGACAUGUAAAGCCAAGGGCAUCUUGGCUUUACACACCCUAAACAAAUAGGGAAAGUCCAGUAAUCUCAGCAAUCACAAGCUAUAAAUUAGAAAUGUGAAUAUAGCUUUUGCAUUCUACUAGAAAAUCCAAACUAAAAUGAAAGAUUCCAGCAGAAACACAUAAUUAUUUUAUCUUCUCCACAAUUCUCUAGUUCUAUUUUCCAGUGUGAAAAUUAUUCUUCAUUAGUUACUAUGUUUUUAAUGUUCCUAUGUAAGCCACUUAUAGAUAGUUACUACUUGCUGAAGUGCUUAGUCCUGUGUCUUGAAAAUGUUUUUAGUAGUUCUGCACUGACUUAUGUGGACCGCUGUAUUUUCUCAGUUUGUCAUUGUUUGUUAGGAAACUAGUACCUUCCAUAUAAAUGUUCCAGUUUUUUCCUUAUCACUCCAAUCUGUUAUACACAUUUUUGCAGCAGUCAAUAUUUCAUUACAGUUCCUUUUUCUGGUUCCUUUUAAGAAAAUGUUGCUGAUUCUUUUGGUACAGAAAAUGUUUUUGGUUUUGAGGUGUUGUUCUCAAUUGCCAGCAUUUUAUGUCCAAACUGUUGUAUAAAUGCAUAUUUUACAAAUAAAAAUUACUUGGACGAAA